AUGGACCAUCUCUUUCGGCAACGUAGGAUUAGCGUGCCUAAACGCACAAGUGAGCUGGUGGCGCUAGUGGCGGUCUCGUGCACAUUGUUCCUGUUUCUGCACACACGAGACCUUAGCACCAAGUUGCAGCGAAUGCAGCGUCUUAACGAUGAUGUCACCGCCUUCAAUCACCUCACAGACAUGUUAGAUAAUGUCCGUGAAAUAAAAGAAAUUGGCCCUAAUAGUUGUGGAAGAAUAAAAAUUCUCGGAAAGCUUUGUGCG